AUGUCGCAGCAGCUCGUCUUCCAGCUGUCCGGGACCUGCAAUGAGUACCCGUGGGGCAAGAAGGGCAACGACUCGCUGGCAGCCCGCCUCUGUGCUCAGACACCGGGCACCGACUUCAAGAUAGAGCCGUCGCAUUACUACUCAGAGAUGUGGUUUGGGGACUACAACGACUUCCCCGCCCGCAAGCUCGAGACUGGCGAGCUGCUCUCCGACGUCCUCCAGGCCAACAAGAAGCAGCUGCUGGGCAAGAAGGUCAUCGAGCACUACGAUGCCCAACUGCCCUUCCUACCCAAGAUCUUGUCCAUCGCCAAGGCACUGCCGCUGCAGAUUCACCCUAACAAGGACCUCGCAACCAAGCUUCACAAGAAGGAUCCCGAAAACUUCACAGAUCCUAACCACAAGCCCGAGAUUGCCGUGGCCCUCUCCAAGUUUGAGGUGUUCGCUGGCUUCAAGCCCCUGGAUGAGAUCGCGCCUCUAUUCAAGCUGCAGCCGCUCCAGCAGUUCAACCCGGAUGCGGCUGACAAGUGGACGAAUGAGACGUUGCGCAGUGUGACCAAGAACAUGCUCAAGGCGGAUCUGCAAACAGUCAAGAAGGUCCAGACUGAGCUUUCGAAGAUACCGAAGAGCGAACUCGGUGACGCAUCAUACAUAUUGGACCUUCUCCCUCGUCUCCAAGAUCAAUAUGGCCCGGAAGAUGCUGGCAGUCUCGUCGCUCUCCUGUGUAUGAACUUCAUGGUCUUCCAGGCAGGUGACGCCAUUUACAUCCCCGCCGACGGAAUCCAUGCGUACCUUUCUGGAGAUAUCGUCGAGUGCAUGGCGAGAUCGAACAACGUGUUGAAUGUUGGCUUCUGCCCCCCAGCCGACCGCAACAACGUCGACAUGUUUGCGAACACCCUAACCUUCAAAGCCCACAGCAAAGAAGAUGUCAUCCUCCCAAGUCAGAAGAGCGAGAAGAGUAAAAACGGCAAGACCGUGGUCUAUAAGCCGCCCAUGAACGAGUUCGACAUGUUCAAGGCGGACCUGAGCGCUGGAGACACAGAGGAACUGAAGGCUUGCGAGGGACCGGGCGUCAUGAUCGUCACGUCCGGCGAGGGACUCAUGAAGGCAGAGGGGCAGGAGUUCCAACUGAAGACGGGCUACAUCUUCUUCGUCGCCCCGGGCGUCUCGGUCCAGUGGGAGAGUCAGAAGGGCAUGCAGAUCCACAUGGCUGUUAUCUAG